AGCUCACAAACUCCAUCCUCGAAGGAGCCAAACUGACUUCACACUCUGCUUCUUUUCUCACUCUCUCUUCCAAUCGCAAAUUCAAAAAUUUCAGUAUCAAAUUCCUCAAAAACAAUGUUACUCCUUCCUCCGCCUUCUUUGCAACACUUUCCUGCCAAUUUCAGUUCCAAUUUCUCAUCCAAAAGCCCCAAACAACCACCGUUCAGGUCCUGUCCCCAGCCACUGCGAGCUGUUAAUCGCCGCCCCAGUGACGAUGUCGAUUCGUUUACGAAGAAGUCUGGUUACAUAUUUGAACUUGCUUCUAGCGAAGCUGAUUCUUUAAUCGAGUACGAUAUCAAAAGAAUUGCUGCUAUUUGUAGGAGGAAACCGUUGAUUUUGUUGCGACGAUUAUUUCAGAUUGGUACCACUUUUGGAAGAUGGUUUGGAGCUCGUUACAUCGAUAGCCUUGCGGAGAAAUCUGAUCAAAUGUUCGAGAUUAGAGCUGCAGAACUUCGGAAAUUAUUGCUGGAACUUGGUCCUGCCUAUGUUAAAAUUGCACAGGCUGUUUCCUCUCGAGCUGCCAAGCAAUAAAGGGUGUAGGGAACUAGAGAGUAUUUUGUUCAAAACCUCAAAUAAAGAUUUGAUACCGCCAUCAUACCUUGAUGAACUUUCAUUAUUACAAGAUCGAAUAGCUCCAUUUUCCUCUGAAGUUGCUUUAAAUACAAUAGAACAGGAACUUGGAUUGCCAGUAGAUGAGCUUUUCUCAGAGAUUUCACCUGAGCCUACUGCUGCAGCAUCACUUGGGCAGGUCUAUCAAGCAAGGCUUCGUCAUAGUGGACAGCUUGUUGCUAUCAAAGUGCAGAGGCCAGGAGUCCAGGCUGCUAUUGCCCUAGACAUACUGAUCUUGCGAUUUAUAGCAGGAAUAGUGAAGAGAGCAGGCAAAUUUAACUCCGAUCUCCAGGCAGUUGUUGAUGAAUGGGCAUCAAGUCUUUUUCGGGAGAUGGACUAUGUGAAGGAAGCAAAUAACGGACUUAAGUUUAGGAAACUCUAUGGUGGUAUACAAGAUGUUUUGGUUCCAGAAAUGCAUAUGAAACUCACAACUCAAAAGGUCCUUGUAAUGGAAUGGGUUGAGGGGCAAAAGUUGUCUGAAGUGAAGGAUAUUUACUUGGUUGAGGUAGGAGUUUAUUGCUCAUUUAAUCAACUUUUGGAAUAUGGAUUCUAUCAUGCUGAUCCACACCCUGGAAACCUUCUUCGUACAUCUGAUGGGAAACUAGCUUAUUUAGAUUUUGGAAUGAUGGGUGAAUUUAGACAAGAACUCCGAGAUGGGUUUAUCGAAGCUUGUCUCCAUCUUGUAAAUCGGGAUUUUGAUUCACUUGCUAAGGACUUCGUUACUCUUGGGUUUCUUCCACCAACUGCAGACAAGGAGGCUGUUACAAAAGCUUUAACAGGAGUCCUCCAAAGUGCUGUUGCAAAAGGAGUCCGUAAUAUAAGUUUUGGAGACCUUUUGGGAAACUUGGGAACAACGAUGUACAAGUUCAAAUUUCAAAUACCUUCAUAUUUUUCUCUUGUCAUCCGGAGUCUUGCAGUGCUGGAGGGCAUUGCUAUCAGUUUUGACCCAAAUUACAAAGUUUUAGGUAGUACAUACCCAUGGAUUGCUAGAAAAGUACUAACUGACAGCUCACCAAAGUUGAAGUCAUCUUUGCAAGCUCUUCUUUACAAGGAAGGUGUUUUCAGAAUUGAUCGUUUAGAAUCUCUACUUUCGGAGUCUCUUCGUGCUCGUACUGAAAGGGCCUUGGUCAAGCAGCAAAUAGCACAAACUAGUUCCAAAGUGGCUAUCAAGCAAGUUCUUUCCUUCACAUUAACUGAGAAGGGAGCCUUUGUGAGGGAAAUACUUCUUCAAGAAGUUGCUAAGGGUAUGGAUGCACUUGGGCUAGCAACACUUGAUUCUUUAACUUCUAUGGCCAUUACAAGCAUACCUUUUGUCGCUCCCUCUUCAUCCUCAUCAUUGACCGAGGAAGACAUGACGAAUUUGAGAACAUUGCGUCGCCUUAUGCUUCUGUUGUCUGGUCCCCAACAGAACAGUAGUUCCACCAUGGAGGUGAAUGGGAAUAAUGCAUACAAGAAUCAAGAUAAAUACUUGGAAGACAUAUUGUCUGUCUUCUAUCAAUUUUCAUCAGUUCAAGAGAUUCUGCCCGUGCUUUCUGUUAUUCCUGAGCUCCCACCAGAGAUGCAACAGCAGUUGCUUCUUUUGCCGGCAGAUCUGGCUGGACGGCUGAUUUCCCGUGCUGCUGCUAGAACCAUCAGGAGAAUGUUUCUUUGAUGUCAAUUUGGUCUCAAGGCAAAUAUGAUAGAUUGAUAGGAAAUAUUCUUUACUUUCCUUACCCCAGAGGGCUUUUUAUCAAAGAGGUGAAAAAAAAAAAUUUGUUAAUGGGGUGGGUAUGUAAAAUUUUUGUCAGACUUGGCUAAAGUACACUCGCAUUUGCUUC